GGGGCGGGGCUCCGCGAGCGGACUCUCUAUCCCUUGUGGGUCCCUGUUCAGCGCCCGGCCGUGUGUAGAGCCGGGAGCCAAUCCGGGCCUCCGAGGCGAAGAUGGUGGACUACAGCGUUUGGGAUCACAUCGAGGUGUCGGACGAUGAGGACGAGACGCACCCCAACAUCGACACGGCCAGCCUCUUCCGCUGGCGGCACCAGGCCCGAGUGGAGCGCAUGGAGCAGUUUCAGAAGGAGAAGGAGGAACUGGACCGGGGCUGCCGUGAAUGCAAACGCAAGGUAGCUGAGUGCCAGCGCAAACUGAAGGAGCUGGAAGUGGCGGAAGGCAGUGGCCAGGUGGAGCUUGAGCGUCUGCGAGCUGAGGCACAGCAGCUGCGCAAGGAGGAACGAAGCUGGGAGCAGAAGCUGGAGGACAUGCGCAAGAAGGAGAAGAGCAUGCCCUGGAACGUGGACACCCUCAGCAAAGAUGGCUUCAGCAAGAGCAUGGUCAAUACCAAGCCUGAGAAGGCAGAGGAGGACUCAGAGGAGGCGAGAGAGCAGAAGCACAAGACCUUCGUUGAGAAGUACGAGAAACAAAUCAAACAUUUUGGCAUGCUCCACCGCUGGGAUGACAGCCAGAAGUACCUGUCGGACAACGUCCACCUGGUGUGCGAGGAGACCGCCAACUACCUGGUGAUCUGGUGCAUUGACCUGGAAGUGGAGGAGAAGUGUGCGCUGAUGGAGCAGGUGGCUCACCAGACCAUGGUGAUGCAGUUCAUCCUGGAGUUAGCCAAGAGCCUGAAGGUCGACCCCCGCGCCUGCUUCCGGCAGUUUUUCACCAAGAUCAAGACCGCCGACCACCAGUACAUGGAGGGCUUCAAGUAUGAACUGGAGGCCUUUAAGGAGCGUGUUCGGGGCCGCGCCAAGCUGCGUAUAGAGAAGGCCAUGAAGGAAUAUGAGGAGGAGGAGCGCAAGAAGAGGCUGGGCCCUGGUGGCCUGGACCCCGUGGAGGUCUACGAGUCCCUGCCCGAGGAGCUGCAGAAAUGCUUUGAUGUGAAGGACGUGCAGAUGCUGCAAGACGCCAUCAGCAAGAUGGAUCCUACUGACGCCAAGUAUCACAUGCAACGUUGCAUCGAUUCUGGCCUCUGGGUCCCCAACUCCAAGUCUGGUGAGGCCAAGGAGGGGGAGGAGGCGGGCCCCGGGGACCCAUUGCUGGAAGCCGUCCCCAAAGCGGGCAACGAGAAAGACAUCAGUGCGUGACCUGCCCCAGCCACUGCCACUGGCCUGCAGGCCUCUGUGGGCCCUUCUCCAGAAAAGGAAACCUAGACACCAUGUUCCUAGCUCCUGACUUCCUUCACUUCUGCUACCCCUCACAUCCCAACCCUUGGCUUGCCCCAUGUCCCCUCUCCUCCAGCCUGUCCCCAGCACUCAUCAGACUUCCUGCUUCGGGUUGAGGGGCUCUACUGUCUGCAGCCCCUCCCCCCAUCAGCAUUAUGCCAAAGUCCUGGGGGUCUGGGGAGGGGCAACAGUUGCCAGAUUGGUCCACUGGGUUGGGUAUACACAUGUCCCUAGAUGGGCAGGGUCUGUCCCUAUGGAUCUGUGAUCACUGUUUUUCUUCUGUCUAGCUUUCUAUCCUGCAACUGGCAACAAUGUCUAAUAAACAGUUCCAGGUGCUGGA